GCGCCUAUAAGGAGCUGUCCGCCACCCCGGUGCUGAAUCCAGCUCUAACACCGGAACGAGGUGCUUUUGGCUAUUGCUGGAGCUGAGCGCCAAGAGCUGCCCUCGAGUUUGGAUUUGAACCUUUAAGGAAGGAGAUCCGGAGGAAGAAGAGGCAGACGAGGAAGGCGAGCACAGAAAGAGGCAGUUGAAGGAACUAUAAACCUCGCUCGCAGCUUGCAGCUCCGAAGAAGCCCUGCCACUGUUUCGGUGGAGCGCCUGAGGAGCAGGAUGGAGUAAAGAAGAGUGUCUGUUCAAGGGGGGUGGGAGGGGGUUCGGCGGUGCGGAGGAGAGAAAACAGAGACAGAAAGGAAAAAGAGAGAAAAGCCAAAGCUGGUGCCUGCGAAUUUGGAAUUCGAUUGGAAGAGAUCGUUCGCUGGGGGAAAUGGAUUCUGUACCAAGACUGACCAGCGUUUUGACUUUGGUGCUCUCUGGCUUCUGGCAUUUAGGAUUAACAGCAACAAAUUACAACUGUGAUGAUCCAUUGGCCUCCUUCCUCUCACCAAUGGCUUUCUCCAGCUCCUCAGCUCUCACUGGAAGUUCCAGCCAGGCUCAGUUGAACUGGAGAAUGGGAACUGGUGGUUGGUCCCCAGCAGACUCCAAUGCCCAACAGUGGCUGCAGAUGGACCUGGGCAGCAGAGUGGAGAUUACGGCAGUGGCCACGCAGGGAAGAUACGGGAGCUCUGACUGGGUGACAAGCUACCGCCUGAUGUUCAGCGACACCGGGCACAACUGGCAGCAGUACAAGCAAGAGGACAGCAUCUGGACAUUUGCAGGAAACAUGAAUGCUGACAGUGUGGUGCACCACAAGCUGCUCCACUCCGUGAGAACCCGCUUUGUUCGCUUUGUGCCAUUGGAGUGGAAUCCAAGUGGGAAGAUUGGCAUGAGAGUGGAGGUCUAUGGAUGCUCCUAUAAAUCGGAUGUUGCUGACUUUGAUGGCAGGAGCUCGCUUUUGUACAGGUUCAAUCAGAAGAUGAUGAGCACCCUCAAAGACGUGAUUUCCCUGAAGUUCAAGAGCAUGCAAGGAGAUGGGGUUCUGUUCCAUGGAGAAGGACAACGUGGAGACCAUAUUACCCUGGAGCUCCAGAAGGGCAGGCUAGCCCUCUACCUGAACCUGGAUGACAGCAAAGCCCGACUCAGCAGCAUUGUGCCCUCUGCCGUGCUGGGUAGCCUGCUGGAUGACCAGCACUGGCACUCGGUUCUCUUGGAGCGCGUGGGCAAGCAGGCGAACUUCACUGUGGACACAAACACGCAACACUUCCGGACCAAGGGGGAGACCGAUGUCCUGGAUAUCGACUACGAGCUCAGUUUUGGAGGAAUUCCAGUGCCAAGCAAACCUGGGACCUUUCUAAAGAAAAACUUCCAUGGCUGUAUUGAAAACCUCUACUACAAUGGAGUGAACAUAAUCGACUUGGCCAAAAGACGCAAACACCAAAUCUACUCUGUGGGCAAUGUCACUUUCUCCUGCUCAGAACCACAGAUAGUCCCCAUCACAUUUGUCAACUCCAGAGGCAGUUAUUUGCUGUUGCCCGGCACCCCCCAGAUUGAUGGACUGUCAGUGAGUUUCCAGUUUCGAACAUGGAACAGGGAUGGCCUGCUUCUGUCCACAGAGCUCUCUGAAGGCUCAGGGACCCUGAUGCUCAUGCUGGAGGGUGGGACUCUGAGGCUCCUGAUUAAGAAAGAGGCAGGACAUGGAACUGAAAUCCUUACAGGCAGUGACUUGAAUGACGGCCUGUGGCACUCUGUCAGCAUCAAUGCCAGGAGAAACCGUGUCACCCUCACACUGGAUAAUGAUGCUGCUUCCCCAGCUGCGGACACCUCCCAGUUGCAAAUUUACUCUGGAAAUAGUUACUACUUUGGAGGGUGCCCCGACAAUCUCACCGAUUCCCAAUGCUUAAAUCCCAUUAAGGCUUUCCAAGGCUGCAUGAGGCUCAUCUUUAUUGAUAACCAGCCCAAGGACCUCAUUUCAGUUCAGCAAGGUUCCCUGGGGAAUUUUAGUGAUUUACACAUUGAUCUGUGUAGCAUCAAAGACAGGUGUUUGCCAAACUACUGUGAACAUGGAGGACACUGUGCCCAAUCCUGGACUACCUUCAACUGCAACUGUAGUGAAACUGGUUACACAGGCGCCACCUGUCAUGACUCCAUCUAUGAGCAAUCCUGUGAGGUAUACAGACACCGAGGAAACAAAGCUGGCUUCUUCUAUGUUGAUUCUGAUGGCAGCGGGCCGCUGGGACCUCUCCAGGUGUACUGCAAUAUCACUGAGGACAAGAUCUGGAUGAUGGUUCAGCACAACAACACAGAGCUGACUCGGGUACAGGGCUCCAAUCCUGAGAAGCCCUAUGCCAUGACCUUAAACUAUGGGGGCAGUAUGGAGCAGCUGGAGGCUCUGAUUGAUGGAUCAGAGUACUGUGAACAGGAGGUGGCAUAUCACUGCAGGAGAUCUCGCCUGCUUAACACACCAGAUGGAGCCCCAUUCACCUGGUGGAUUGGGAGAGCCAAUGAAAGGCACCCUUACUGGGGUGGUUCUGUUCCCGGCAUCCAGCAGUGUGGGUGUGGCCUAGAGGAGAGCUGCCUGGACAUUCGCCACUUUUGCAAUUGUGAUGCAGACACAGAUGAUUGGACAAAGGAUACUGGUUUUCUUACCUUCAAAGAUCACUUGCCUGUAACUCAGAUAAUUAUCACUGAUACCAACAGAUCAAACUCAGAAGCUGCUUGGAGAAUUGGCCCUUUGCGUUGCUAUGGUGACCGACACUACUGGAAUGCCGUUGCCUUUUCUACUGAAGCUUCUUACCUCCACUUUCCUACCUUCCAUGCGGAAUUCAGCGCUGACAUUUCCUUCUUUUUUAAAACCACCGCUUUAUCUGGAGUUUUCCUAGAGAACCUUGGCAUGAAAGACUUCAUCCGACUUGAAAUGAGCUCUGCUUCUGAGGUCACAUUCGCCAUUGAUGUUGGGAACGGCCCUGUUGAACUCCUUGUCCAGUCUCCUUCUCCUCUGAAUGACAACCAAUGGCAUUAUAUCCGGGCUGAGAGGAACCUCAAGGAGACCUCCCUGCAGGUGGAUAACCUUCCACGGAGUACAAGGGAGACCUCAGAGGAAGGCCAUUUCCGGCUUCAGCUGAAUAGUCAGUUGUUUGUAGGAGGGACAUCGUCAAGACAGAAAGGGUUUCUUGGAUGUAUCCGCUCUUUACACUUGAAUGGGCAGAAAGUGGAUCUGGAAGAAAGGGCAAAGGUCACAUCUGGAGUCAGACCUGGCUGCCCAGGUCACUGCAGCAGCUAUGGAAGCAACUGCCACAACGGGGGCAAGUGUGUGGAAAAGCACAGUGGCUACUCCUGUGACUGCACCAACUCACCAUAUGAAGGGCCUUUCUGCCAGAAAGAGAUUUCAGCUCUUUUUGAUUCUGGCAGCUCGGUUAUAUACAUGUUUCAAGAACCAUACCCGGUGACCAAGAACACAAGUCUGUCAUCUUCAGCUAUCUACACAGAUUCAGCCCCAAACAAGGAAACCAUCACACUGAGCUUUGUGACAGCACAGGCCCCCAGCCUCUUGCUCUUCCUCAAUUCCUCGUCUCAGGAUUUUCUGGCUCUCCUGCUCGGCAAGAAUGGAAGUUUACAAGUUCGCUAUCGGCUAAACAAGGAAGAAAGUCAUGUGUUCACCAUCAGCACAGAGAACUUGGCCAACAGAAGGGUGCAUCAGGUGAAGAUUAGCCGAGAGGGGCCAGAGCUUUCCAUUCAGGUGGACCAACAACUCUUCAGCUAUAACUUCUCCCCAGACGUUGAGUUCAGGUCACUUACUCUAGGCAAAGUCACAGAGACUCUUGGGUUGGAUCCAGAAGUUGCUAAAGCAAACACCUUGGGUUUUGUUGGAUGCCUUUCUUCAGUCCAAUACAACCACAUAGCCCCAUUGAAGGCAGCCCUCCGCCAUGCCAGCAUUGCACCUGUGACUGUCCAAGGGACCUUGACAGAAUCCAACUGUGGCUUCAUGGUGGACUCUGAUAUGAAUGCAGUGACAACUGUGCAUUCUUCAGAUCCUUUUGGAAAGACAGACGAGCAUGAGCCACUCACAAAUGCAGUCCGGAGUGACUCUGCAGUCAUUGGAGGUGUCAUAGCAGUGGUGACGUUCAUCACCUUUUGUGUCAUCGGCAUCAUGACCCGCUUCCUCUAUCAGCAUAAGCAGUCGCACCGUACCAAUCAGAUGAAGGAGAAGGAAUACCCAGAGAACUUGGACAGUUCCUUUAGAAAUGACAUUGACUUGCAAAACACAACCAGCGAGUGCAAACGGGAGUACUUCAUCUAAGAUGCAACAGGGUCACCUGGUCCCCUUUUUUUGUGGGUUCCCCCCAAUUUCUCUUCCCUUUCCUGUCUCUUAAUUUAGGUAUUCUCUUUCUCUCUUUUGCCAUUAAUUUUCUGGAACACACCUGCAUCCACCGAGAGCAUUGAUCUCCUUCACCCAGCUCAGGAGAUCAGGUAGCUAUGGUUACUGUGGUCCACUGAUAAAUGCACCAUUGUGAAAGUGAGCACUGGAGACACAGAUUUCACUAUUGUAAACAGGGAAGAACACGUACGUGGGUACACAUGCAUAUUCGAUGUUUGUGGUUGAGUUUUAAACUUCACUCUGCAGGUUCUCCUGGAAACUGCAGAGUGAAGUUUAAAAUGGAGAGUGAAGUUUAAACAGAGUGAAGUUUAGACUGGAGCUCUGUGGUGUUGGCCUUUAACAAUUGUCUCCAACACGCUGCCCCACACCAUAUGGUAGGUACUAUGGCCUGAGAGGAGAAAAGUGGUAGGUGUGUGUGUGUGUGUGUGUGUGUGUGUGUGUGUGUGUGUGUGUGUGACAGAGACAGACAGAGUCAGGUCAUCCUUUUAGCAAAGAGUCUAUUAGGGAGCCAAAUAGAGCAGGAGGGAAUGAAGUAAAUCCACCCAGAGAAAGCAAUGUUUGUUCUUUUUAGGUCCCUUGUGAUAGGGUAGGGAGGUUGGGAGACAUUAUGACACAAAGAAAUUCUUCUAAAGCAGACAUCAUCUAACCAGUCUUAGAGACAUUUAUUAUUAAUUUUUUAUUUUGCUUGUUUUUUUUUUUUUUUUGUGGCUGAAGCAGGAAUUUGUACAGUAGCCAGGACAUUCUUUCCUAAGACACCAAUUAAAGAGCACUGAGCUGAGUGAGUGUGAGACCCCGGGCAAGGCCACAGUCAUGUGUCCUGCCUGUAGCCUUCUCCAUUUAGGACUUAAAUAUCUGGAAGACUCUUAUUCCAGGUGGUCACAGGGAAACUUGGCUCCCUUGAGAGCUGUGGGGAGAGAGGAUAUAUGUCUGUCUGAUGUGGGAGCCCUUCAUAAUCCCUGUGAAAACAAAUGGACUGUACUUAGAGAGCCUAGGUUAUAAGAACACCCAGCUGGGGGACCCAGAGCAGAGGAAGACCCUUCUGGCCUGUUUGUUUUGGAAGCAUUUUACAAGCAACCAGAGACAUCUGUGUUAGUUUAAUGUUGACACCAUAAGUAUCUCCCGACUCCAUUCGUCAUCCUUUCCAGAGAGUUUCAGUACUUUCCAAUAUGAAAUAACUGAGCAUUUACUGAGUUAUCUAUGGAAUAGUGAGCAGUUACUUUGUGCUGCUCUUGCUGUUCUAGUUUGAGGCAUGGAUUCAGUGCCCUGAAACCAGGAGGCUUCAAGAAAGCUGUGUGGAAGUAGUACACAGUAUCCUCCCAGGACUUUACAACUGCCUUCUUCACUUUACUAGAACGUGUUAGCUAUGUUAUUCCUCAGGUUGCUAUAUUGAAGAAAAAUAUAUACAUGUGUCUAUAUUGUGGUAGAACUAACAGAAUUCAAAUAAAAGUAUAAAUUGGUUCCAUGAAAAAUGUUUAGGCCCUCUCAGCUCAUCUUGGAGGAGAACUGGAAAAAAAAAAAAAGAAAAAAGAAAAACAUAAGGAAAAGAGGGGCAAGAAAAAUGAGAAAUUUUAUCCCCAUCCAUCCACUUCAGAAAGAUCCAUCCAGUAAAGACAGAUGUGCAGGGAAGCAGGAGUCACAUUCUAGAACACAUGUUAUUAGUUCACUGACAACUGAGCUCUUUUCUAAGAGGGAAGGGCCUGCCUAUUGUGUGUGGCAGUGUGGCCACCUCUAGCUCAGGGGAUUUGAGGGAAAUCCUUAGUUUGUGAAUCACACCACAUUUCUGAGUCUGCACCCAUGCACACAAAAGUGCCUAUGCACUCACCUUCCUUGCCUGAAUAAGGUAGUAAUAUCAGGCUUGGCAUUCUUUUGGUAGAAAAGCAUAUAGUUAAUUCAAAAAGGCAUCUCAGAUUUGUCCAUGGAGGAUAAUCCUGAUAAUUUUUUAACUCUGCCCUUGGGAUAAAGACAAGGGAAAAAUGACCACCCAAACACUUUAGGACUUAGGAAAUGCUAGAAGCAAGAUCCUUGUCUGUUCUCUUUGGAGGGCAGACCUGAUUUUCAAAGCAGGUGCCCUUUCAGUCGGUAGGUCAUCCAUCUUAGAGAGUGUACUGCCUCUGACUGUUCAGCACUUCCCUGGACAAGAGGUUCACAGUGAAGCCCUAACUAGCUUCAUCCAGGUCCCCAUCUGUACCUUUUCUUCCCUUACAGAGCUACAGAGAUAAGGAUUGGGUGAGGCAUCACAAUCCACAGCUCUGAGAUAUUGUCCUAAAUACAAGUUCUUUCCUUAAAAUUUUCUAUGAAGUCUUACACACCCUUUUCCUCUUUUAGGAUAUUGCUAUCCUUUUGCUAGUGAAUUUAUUUUAAAGCAAUUCUAACAAAGAUGUCCUUUUUAAUUUUCUAUCUUUAAUAUGACAAAUAAUCAUCUAAUAAAAUGAGAGAUACUGAAAGUCUAUUUCCUUAUUCCCUUCAUUCCCCGUCCUCCAGUUUCUACUUUUGGAUUUUCUGGCUCUUUAAAAGGUUAUAUAAAUCACCUAUUUGCUUGGCUGCAUAUUUCCCUGCCUCCAGAAAUGAAAGUCAUGCUGAAAUUUAGCCCUAAGCUCCUCUAGUAAUGAAACAACAGGUAAGGGAGAGUAACCACACUGGAACACUUUCUAACUAGAAUCCUCAGAAGCAAGCACCAUGUUUUUCUGGCAUGAUGUGACUGGAUAAACAUGGAAGUACGAGACAAAUCAGUAUGCAUGGUACCCUCACCCACAAACAUGUACUUAGAGAUAAUCAUGUAGGGAAAUGUGUGAUGCCAGUCUCUGCCCUCUGCAUAGCACACAUUCUACUGGCUUCAUCCAUGGAUGUGCAGGCCAUGCAUACCAGGACACUGGGCAUGUAGGCCAAAUGGCAGAUGCAUGCUGAGAUGGUGUAUUAUUAUAAGUAGUCUCAGGGUGAAAUCAGAAUUUCUUCAUAACCCCACAAUACACACCAGGUGAAAAAUCUAGCACUCUGUAUUCUACUAUGCUGAAUGCACAUAACAGCUAGAAGUAGGAGUAUGUUUCAGGGUUGGUGGCAAUAUCUGUUUGGUUUAUGCAGUUAGUCAGUUGUCUUUUCUACCUUCAAACAAUUACAACACAAAACAAGAGUAAGAGUGUUCUAAUCGUCCUUUAGCUACCACUUCCCUCGAUGGGAUACAGGUUUCAUGAUGCGUCCCAGUGUAUAAUUAUAUAAUACUCAGUCAUUGAUGCCUGCUGUUUACAAAAAGAAUUUGUGGAAUUGGGCCCUUUACAGUAAGACCAAAAACACCUGUGUAAUAUCCCACCCUCAGGUGCUGUUCGGUUGAUAUUGUCCCACUGAACAAAUCUAUUAAUGCAAUCAACUGUAGGUGUGCUUACCCUAAAAGACUUUUAGCAACACCUGUGUCAUUCAGUCCUUGCACAGGGUAGACUGCUCUGGUUUCUCCAAGAAGUAGGCCAGGAAAAUGGAUAUUUGUCAUUUUCUGGAUGUCCAUUUCAUAAAUAGAUUAGCUCAUGUUUAUCUGAAGAACUCUGGAGCUGAUAUUUUACAACUUUGUUCUCUUUAGAAAUCAGAAGUGGCACUAUCUCAAUUCUCAACUUUUGUCAGAAUCCUAACUACCAUAUCAUGGGAGAAGCAGGACCACAACUAAAUGAGUAUACAGUUCUCUUUCCUGUAUUCAGUCAUAUGACACAUGUGAAACAUCUGACUCCCAAGUGUUCUGUUAGAUAUACAAAUACUUACUGUCCCUGUGGACUUAAAGUGCAAUCUUACAGCAAAAAAAGUGUACACACUGCACAAGGGAGCAGAGAGCAAGGACUAGGCACAGAUAAUUUGCAAACCACUUUCCAGAGGGUUCUAAAAGCCAACACAUUUUUGGUCUUAUAAUUUUGUGUCUUAUUUAUUAAUUCUAACAGAAAUGAUUGCUUUGUUUUUCUGAAACAAGGUAACUGGUCAUGCAGAUGAAUUUCUGUAGAGGGUGGUAAAUGGACUCUUUGGACAGAGAAAGAACAAAGGUCCCUGUAUCAGAUACAAUUUCUUUAAAGAGAGAUUACUUGGUAGCCCUGGCAGGUCUGAGACUCUCUAUUGUAAACUCACAGAGAACCACCUAAUUCUGCCAAAGUGUGGACCACCAUCCUGCCUAUGUCAGAUAUUCAAAAGGGUGCUAAGUUCUCUAUGUUCUCAUGUCAUUUCCAGUUAAGGAUUUCCAAAUAUAUGCCCUCUGUAUAUGAUAGACCUCUGUAAAGACUGGAGACAGAAAAGAGCAGUCUCCAAUUCUGAUUUCACUUUUUUGGUGGAUAUUCACUUAUGGCCAUGGCUCUUUUAGGUCUCCCUUAAGCUGGUUGGUAUUCUGCCACUUUUAACACUCCUCAUUCUGCCCUAAAGAACCAUUUGACUGUAUUUAGGUAAAUCUCUGGGAACUAGAAAUUAUCUAUUGAGUGAAUAAUUUAUCGAUGUGUUUUCCAUCUAAAGAGGUCAAACUUCUGUGUUUUGCAUGAAUGUUUCCAACCUGAAGAUCAUACAUGCUCUCUCUCCACACAAUAUCACCUAAAUUAGAAGACUCACAUUAAGAAGUUGUGUUCAUAACAUCCCCAUGGUAUCCAUGGACUUGGCCACCAAGCCUGGGGAACUCAUGCUUGGUUUGUUUGUCUACCAACUGCUUCACUUCUUUUGAAUUCCCUACUGCUACAAUUGUCAACCUUGCUGCAACAGCAGUCUGGCAAGAGGCUCUUGAGGCACCUCUAUAAUUCUGCCACCCAUUACUUCCUGAAGCAAUUGUUUGGGUUUGCUUUGUCCUCAACUGACCCACAGGCCAAGUUUCAACUAAAUAAAUAAAGAAGCGAUGUUGUACCUGUAAGUGACAAAGGAGGUUAAUGGAAGAGUGGUAUGGGCAAACUCAAACAUGCUUGAGUUCUUGAAGCAUGCCUGAGUGCUGUUUCAUGUCCCUCAUGCAGUUUGGAAAUGUUUUCUUUAAAAGAUGCACCGUGUAUCUGAAUCACUUCUUUACCAGUUUGGGGGGCUUUCUUCACCUCUCUUCUGGCAUUACCCAGUCUUCCUGAAGUCAUUUAUUUUGAAAAUGUUACUUGUUUAUUCUUUCUCAGCUCUGUGUUCACAAAUUCUAAAUAGUUGAUUAACCUAAAAGGGGAGAAGAUACAACACACACACACACACACACACACACACACACACACACACACGAGUAAAAAUGAAUAGGGCUGUUCCUCAAACAUUAUCCAGGAAACUAUAGGCAUACCUAUUUUGUAAGAAGAGAAAGUAUGACCACUUUGUUUUAGAAAUUCUUUAAAUGACUCAUACAAGGUUCUAAUGAUUGUUUUGCUAUUUUUUAGUAAUUUCAACCCUGUUAUUUUACACUAAGGUACCUGGGGGAGAGUGAGAAGCACAUGUAGUAGUAAAACAGUGUACUGUGUAAGCUAGUCCUCUGUUGUUUGUGGUUUAUUGUCUACAAAGUGGUGAAGUGGACACAAGCAGCUUAGGUAAGAGUGGGCUUUUGUGUUAAAGCAGAUUUGAUGGAACUUGUCAAGGAGGAAGAGGGUUUUCAUGGAGCAAGCAAUGGCUGCUGGAGGUUAAGAGGGGCACAGCUUCCACCAUGAAGUAAGGAUGGUGCCUCUCCCCACUUUCCUGGCUCCUAACUCAUGAGUCUCCUUCAUGAAUUUGUCUUACACCUUAGGGAAGAGGCAGUAUUACAGGCCCUGCAUGAGAAAUGUUUUACUCAUCUUUACAUGGCAUUUUCACCCUACCUCUUUGAUUUUCAAGUUUUAUGUUUCACUAAUACAGUCAAGGGAUGCUUUGGAAUUAUCACCACAGUGAUGUUAUCUGCCCAGGGGGAGCACCCAGAUGACAGUUUAAAGUAAAAUAAACUAUGGACAAGAUCCUCAGGUCCAUUGCCCUUAUUCAGAAAUGUUAUGGAAGGAAGUCCUAAAAUAUUGGAGUCAGUCUAGUGGUCUUUCUUUUCCCUCCCAUGGUCAUGCCAUCCAUUGGCAUGCCAUAAUGAUGGAAAGGUAUGAUGCUUUCUAUCACCCACAGUGUGUACUUCAGAAAGUCACCACCUGACACUCUGAGAACACUCUUCCCUUGCUGCCACUCAGCACAGAAGUAAAGCUUGCAUCAAAUAGUAGGUUAAAAUUAGGAGGCUAGUCCCAAGUUAUGAAAAAGGUGAUGUGUGCCAGUGAUUAAAGCAUGGCCAUAUUUUCAUUAGCAUUAGACUAUGCCAUGCUUCAGAUCCCAGCAAUAAAUCUCAGAGGACAUGAAAAAGGCACUGGGUGUGCAGAACAGGCCUUCUGUCACCCUGAAGACCCUUGAAUGGCCUCCCCGAUGGAGCCAUUUUCAUUACAACCUUCCAGGAUAAUAGAAAUGGACCUCUGACUAGGCAUACUUUCACGGUAUAGUCAGCCAUAUCCCAAAGGAUGUAUAUGAAGUAGCUUCAUCUCUUCUCUUUGAAUGACAGCAGCCACCAGUGUAACCCCGUCCUGCCUUAAAUACUCUUGCAAAAAAAAGUAAGUAACCACACCUUGCUUAAAAUAGAGUAGUUGUAUUAUGAGAAGGACUUCAUAUUUGAUGGGGAUCAAUGUCAAUAAUUUUCUCUUUACCUUGGAAAUAGACAGGCUUCCUAAUAGCCUAUGUUGUCUUAAACAGACAACACAGAUAGCUAGCCUAUGGCAGGAAGAUAAAACAUAGGAAAAUGAAGACACAUGACACAUUCUAAUUAUAUCCUAUAAAACAGGCGACAAUUCACAUUUGGUUCAUGGGUUUCCUAAAUCCCUAAGACAAAGAAUUACCAUGUUCAUUUCAACCUAGAAAUUAGAGUCUUUCUGGCACUAUCUUUGGAAAAAUGAGAGGUCAGGGAGAUUGCCUUUAGCAAAUAAUUAACAAAAUAUAAAAGGACCUCUCCUGUUUUUAUAUAUAUAUAUAUAAAUAUAUAUAACAUAUAUCAUAUAUAUAUAUAACAUAUAUAUAUGAUAUAUACAGGCUUUCUUUGAUAAAAGCACAACAGAGGCAAAGCAGACUAUAUCCUUGGGGAUUAGCUGGAGAUUCCUUGUUUCUUUGGUUGUUAUAGUUUUUGUUCCUAUGUCAGAAUCCCCAGUUCCAUGUGAUAUUGCAUCAUCCCAAGUCUGUUUUGUAUACCAUGUAACAUGUCUUAAUAUACUGUAUGGAGAAAGUUAAAGUUAGCCUUAGACUUCUUUGUUUUCUAUGGUUUUUGCUGUACAGAAGAAUGACUUACCUGUAAAUAUUGUAUAUUUAAUAAAGAAAGAAUUUUGUAUCAUUUGUGUGGAACACAAAUAUGUCUUGCUGUGUUGUUCUUGGGUUAAUGAGGAGUCAAGUAAUUAAUCCCUGAAUGCCCACUCUGAUUUCUUAGAUCAUUAGCUCCUAGCCAACAUGACCCAUGGAAAACAACAAACUCCUACUCUCUAGGUUUAUUGAUUUCAGUGUAGCUCAAAGUACUGUCUUGGGUUCUUUCAUGCUUAACUGACUCACACCAAAUUGCACAACAGGAACAAAAGUGCACAUGAGCAACCUCGCUGAUUUGGUAAAAGGAUCUUGAACCAUCCUGACUUCAGCAUCUCCCAGGAAACCUAUAGCCCUGUUGAUUCUUUCUCAGUGUCCACUCAGAGCACCUGUAUUUGUGUCUUACCUUGCCUACACUUCCUUCUUCUAGAGGAUGUUUAAUUGCACAGUAGCUCUAUGUUUGAAAGACAGAUGUUCAUUCUGAUGGAGAAGAUUUGUCUCUAUAUAGUGUUCAUUUACACUUGUGUUUAUGAGUCAUCUGGUGGACAUAGACUUAUCAAUAAAAACUGGAGGUGAUUUAAUGGGUUGUGGAUGUAGCUCAGUUGGUAAAUGACUUCAUAGUGUGUACAAACACCGAGGGUUUGAUCCUCAGCCCCAAACAAACAAGGCAUGGUUGUACACCUAUAAUUGCAAUAUUCCUCAGGAAGUGAAGGCAAUAGGAUCAAUGGUUCAAGGUCGUCUUUGGCUACAUAGUGACCUUGAGGCCAGCCUGAGCUACACAAAAUUGUCUUAUUCAAACAAGCAAACUCCCUACAAGGGAAUUAAGUCUGUCAGACAGGACAAUAUAAAAUGUCCUUAAACUGCUCAGUCUAGAAUGAAUUACAGAGAAAGAUGAAGGAAU